GCCGCUUUCUGCCAGCUAGCAAGUUUCUGUGGGGGAAAAAAAAAAUCCUCGGAUAGUUGUGAUCUGAUUAAAUGCCUUCUGUAAACCUGGACUAUCCUGGAUGCCAGUGAUAUUAUAAUCCAUAAUACAAAUAGUAAUUAUUUUAAUUUACAUAAUAGCACGCCGGAGACACCGUUGUCAGUUUAGACAAAUAAAUAAAAGUUAUUCUGAUCUGUGUAGAUUAGCUGUUAGCGGGUUAGCUUCAGUCUUGGCUGUUUUAUACAGAGCAGGUCCUGCCCAGAAACACCAUGAAACUCUACAGUCUGAGCAUCUUGUAUAAAGGCUCGACGAAGUCCAACCUGUUGAAGGCGGCGUACGAUCUGUCAUCAUUCAGUUUCUUCCAGAGAUCCAGUGUUCAGGAGUUUAUGACGUUCACCAGCGCUCUGAUAGUUGAGCGUUCACCAUUAGGAAGUCGUGCGUCUGUCAAAGAGCAAGAGUACUUGUGUCACGUGUAUGUGCGGAAUGACAAUCUCGGUGGUGUUGUGAUCGCAGACGGAGAAUAUCCUUCCAGAGUCUGUUUCACUUUACUUGACAAGGUGCUGGAUGAGUUCUCCAGGCAGGUGAACAGUAUAGACUGGCCUUCUGGAUCACAGGCGAGCGUUCAGUACACAGCGCUGGACAGUCAUCUGGCCAGAUACCAGAAUCCACGUGAGGCGGACGCUAUGACCAAAGUGCAAGCCGAACUGGACGAAACCAAAAUUAUUUUGCACAACACGAUGGAGUCGCUGCUGGAGAGAGGAGAAAAACUGGAUGAUUUAGUUCAGAAAUCUGAGCAUUUGGGAAACCAAUCAAAAGCCUUUUAUAAAACGGCACGCAAGCAGAACUCGUGCUGUGAGGUCAUGUGAUCGCGAUCUGAUUGGACUGGACUCUUCGGCCACCUCUCCUCUCUGAUUUUCUAUUUCUUUUCUCUCUCUUUCUCUCUGUCCUGGUGUGGGCUGGUGCUUUCAUCAUGCAGCAGUCAUAGCGAAUACAUGAGAGAAACGAUCCAACGGUACACAAUGACAGGCUCAGAGGGGGCUGAUUUCCCAUGAUGCACCACACUUACUCUGCCAUCGGUUUUCAUGUUGUGUGAGAACUUGGUUUUCUUCAGCGUUCCUUGGCGGUUCCUCAGGGUCUGGCACAAGCUCAAAACGGAUACAGAUAAAAGCAUAGAGGGGCUCCAAUCAAACGUCCCCGCUGUGCCUUACUUUUAGACACAAGUGUGUUGACAUCAGACUGUUUAUUUAGCCUUAUCUAUGGACAACAUGUGAGUGAAAAUGCUGCGAUCUCUAUAUUUAGACCCAUUAUUCGGCUUUGGCAGUUUUGAAGCGCCUUGUAGAGUGGACAUGUAACGUGAAUUCUUUUUUUAAAUGUGACAACAGUGAACAAUGUAUUAAAUAUUGAUGCGUUCAUAACGGAUGGAUUCUCAAUCCGGAAUAUUGUGAGUGACUGACCAAAUUAAAUGUUUCAAAGUCUGUUUGUGUACAAUUCUAAUACUUUUUCUCUCUCUUGAAAAUGUAAAUAAAUAACUGAAUCAUAUUA